UCGGAAGAGAUCUGGCAACACGGUCCUGUCAUGUUCGUCUGAGGUAUACACUAAUAUUGCAAUAAAAUGAUAAAAAGAGGCGCACUCAUCGUAUUAGAAGGAUGUGAUCGGUCAGGAAAAACUACUCAAUGUCAAAAGGCAAUCAGGUGGUUACAAGAAAGCAACAAAGAAGCUCAUCUAAUGAGAUUUCCAGAUCGAUCAACUAUCAUUGGGAGUCUUAUCAAUAAAUACUUGGAAUGCAGCACAGAAUUAGAUGAUCAUGCAAUCCAUUUGCUCUUUUCAGCCAAUCGAUGGGAACUGUUGCCAGACAUUAAAAAAUUAUUGCAGAAAGGCACAAAUGUUAUCGUGGAUCGUUACUCAUAUUCAGGAAUUGCCUUCUCUGCCGCAAAACCUAACAUGGACUUAAGGUGGUGCCAACAAUCAGACAGUGGUUUGUUGAAACCUGAUCUGGUAAUAUUUCUUGAUAUUGAUCCCGUUGAGGCACAAACUAGGGGACAGUAUGGAUCUGAACGCUACGAAAAUCUCGAGAUGCAGAAAGUUGUCCGAUCAAACUAUCUGAAGCUUCAAGAUGAAUCAUGGAGGGUUGUAGAUGCCAGCAGAUCUAUGGAAGAAGUCGGGCGUGAUGUCUGUCGAUUGGUUCAGGAAGCAUUAGACAAUAUAACACCUGAUUCCGCAUUGAAGCAACUGUGGAUUUAAUUUGUGUCAAAUAAUUUUGAAGUUUAUUCACUUGUGUAACGACGAAAGCCCUUAGUGUAUUUCGGAUCCAUUAAUUUUAAAAAUAUUUUGAAGGAGCUGUAUCCUGUAUUUUAGUGCGAUCGACGCUUUCAUGAAAUAGUAGAGAAUAUUUUAGUAUACGUUCCUUGCAGAAAAUCCGUAGAUCGGUAAAGCAUACCGAUGCAGCAUACAUACAGCUACAUAAUGGUUUGUUGCUUUUACUUCACUUCACUGCCGUUGCGGUUAAUCCCGUCUAAUCAGUGGCUGCCAUGGUAUCCCCAAGUAACAGUAAAAGCUGACAAUGUUUAUUUUUUUAAGAUUUGUAACUUUUUUUAGUCGUUCAUUGGGUUAAGACGUCCUUCAGUUUAAAAGUUAUUUUUUUUAUUUUAGCUGGAUCUAAUAUUUCAGGAAUUCAGGUUGUUAUUUUUUUCCUUCUGGGAAACGACGACUUUAAGUGCAAAACUUAAAAAAAUAUUGUUUUAGAUUUCAGGAUAUAAAUUUCUUAUUUUUUUUUGGGAAUCGGUUGAAAAAUCGAUUUUUUUUUCUGCUGUGACCGUAGAGUAGAGUGAGUAGUUACGUAUUUCUACCCCACAGUAAUUUCUUGCACAUUUUCCCCUCUCCAGCCAGUUUCAUUCAUUUUUCAUGUACUGACUAAAUAAUCUGAAAUUCAAGUUCUCCUGUAUAAAUCCGGAACAAUCUUGAAAACCAAACGUUACGGGGAGGGAAGGAUGAAUCAAAUGGGUGUGUUUGGUGAUGAGGAUGGAAGCGCGGAGCCCGUUAUUAUAUCCUUAGAGCGCCAAACACACAGCGGCCAAAGUUGUCGGACAAUAAAGUAGAGAGGCGUUGCUGGGCUCACGGGAGACGAGAUUCGACGUUUACGUGCCGAUGAAUGGCCUUCGUGUUGAGUAAGGGUCAGGGGUCGGCUAUACAUAGACGGACGCAGACGACAAUAUCGAGAAAUGCGCCCAGUAAAUGCACUGUAUAUACCUUAAAAUCCGGCUAAAAUCAGCCAGAAGUUGAGCCUGCUUGAGCACUUAUUACUGUUAUUAGUUUUAGUUAUUAACUCCAAUUUUCUGAAUUGACAUCAAAAGUUUAUUCGUAUUGUAUCCUCUUAGUAUCCAUGCCCUCUUAAUAUAUUAAAGGAUUAAAUGUUGUUUGGGUUUAUCGGAAUUGUAAAACUAGGGUUCCGACUUCUUUCACAAGCAGUAAAUGCAAAAUUGGCUGUGAAAUUCUUAUUGAAAAUGUUAUAAUAUAGGCUGUGCAGCAAAAUUAAUAUAA